UGUUUGAAGCUGUUGGUCUGCUGAAGGAGCGUUCUGGCAGUCCUCUCCUCUUUCCUCUCCUCCUCCUCUCGUUCCUCUCUUCUCCGCUGAGAUGGUCUCGCGGAAGGCCUGGCUGUUCGGGCUGCUCCUGACCCUCCUCUGCUCUCUCCAGACCCCCCUCCUGACCGGGGUCCAGGGGCAGGCCCCCCGCGAGCAGGGCGAGGGCGGGGACAGCGAUGAAGGAGGGCACAGUGCUGGGGGUGGGGACAGCGAUGAAGGAGGGGACAGUGCUGGGGGCGGGGAUGAAGACGACAGCGACGAAGAUGAUGAUGAAGACGACAGCGAUGAAGAUGAUAGCAGUGAUGAAGACGAUGAUAAAGACGACAGCGAGGAAGACGACGAUAAAGACGACAGUGAUGAAGACGAUGACAGCGAUCAAAUAGUCAAGAAACACCAUGGAGACAGCGAUGAAGAUGAUAGCAGCGAGGAAGACGAUGAUAAAGACGACAGCGAUGAAGACGAUGAUAAAGACGACAGCGACGAAGACGAUGAUAAAGACGACAGCGAUGAAGACAAUGAUAAAGACGACAGUGAUGAAGACGAUGAUAAAGACGACAGCGACGAAGACGAUGAUAAAGACGACAGUGACGAAGACGAUGAUAAAGACGACAGCGACGAAGACGAUGAUAAAGACGACAGCGAUGAAGAUGAUAGCAGCGAUGAAAACGAUGAUAAAGACGACAGUGAUGAAGACGAUGACAGCGAUCAAGUAGUCAAGAAACACCAUGGAGACAGCGAUGAAGACGAUGACAGCGAUGAAGACGAUGACAGCGAUGAAGACGAUGACAGCGAUGAAGACAAUGAUAAAGACGACAGUGAUGAAGACAAUGAUAAAGACGACAGCGAUGAAGACGAUGAUAAAGACGACAGUGAUGAAGACAAUGACAGCGAUCAAGUAGUCAAGAAACACCAUGGAGACAGCGAUGAAGACGAUGACAGCGAUGAAGACGAUGACAGCGAUGAAGACGAUGACAGUGAUGAAGACGACGAUGACCAUGGUGAAAAAGCCAACGACAGCGACGAAGACGAUGACAGUGAUGAAGACGACACCAAAGAGGCCCACGAUGACAGCGAUGAAGACAGCGAUGAAGAGGAGGACGAUGAUGAAGAAGAAGAGGACUACCAGACCGGCUCUCUCUGCAAUUACUGUUCAUUCUGUGAGCACUGUGAUCAGUGUGAUAAAUGCCCGUGUUCAGAAGGAGAUAAGAGCGAUCAUUGUGAAAACUGCCAUGAAGCUACGUAGAUGAACUGACAGGAGCGCUUUACCAGUCAGUUGCAAAUAUCUUGGAGUAGCCUGGAAACUGAUGAUCGCCACCGUGUGGCUGGAGGGCGGAAAUGCAGGCGGAAAUCUUGAAGAUUUACAAGAAUAGAAGAAAUUAAUUUAAAUGAUUACUUUAAAAAGAAAGACAAGCGAAACAAAAGGACUGUUUAUUUAUUGUGUGAGUGUUGAAGUAAAAAGACAAAGCGACAGUAUUUAUUAAAGAGGGCGCUCAAGGUUUUAAAUCCC